AUGGUGCCGGUGAUGCUGUCCCUUGUCUUUCAUGCCUAUUAUGGUGCCGGUGCAGCGGGCCGCCCCCGCGCCGAAAGGCGGAUCGUCGUCGACCCCACUGGUAUCCGCGUCGCUCCCGCCGCCACCGUCCAAAGACUGGGCGCCGCCGGCUCAGUAGUGGCGCGCGAAGUGGCAAACGAGCUGUGGACAUUGGUCAUUUUUGGGACAUGGAAAUGA